UAAUUAAUUCGGAACUCGGGUGUCGGGGCAGCGCGUAGUCCGCUUUCAAACGCCAAAGUGUGCAGUAAACAACAAUUGGUGGCCAGUUGGAUACCCAUCGAGCAAGUCCAGAGCAUAGCGAGCAUUAGCAACAACGCGAUAUCCACUUCCAAUUGUCGGAAGCUCAAAGUACGAAAAACAACGCAUUUGAAUUAGGCCCACCUGUUGACCCCGUCUGCGGUCGUUGUGCGACACCGAAACUCACAAUGGAUUUAUUCAUACGUAUCAUGGGCGUGAUCCUGACCUAUCUGGGACUGUUAAUAAAUAAGAUACUCGAGUUUCUGAUACUACGCAAGCAGCCCGAUUAUCCGCCCAUCCGGAAUCCCAUACUCACAAAAGCGGUUGUGCAGCUUGUGACGGAUUUGCGACGUGGCCAGCUCACAUCCGAGCAGCUGGUUCGGGCGUAUAUUGGGCGUGUGCGUGAGGUGAAUCCCUCGCUGAAUGCGGUCAUUGAGGAGCGCUUCGACGAGGCGCUCCGUGAGGCCACACAUGCGGAUACGCUGAUCGCCAAGGCGCCCUCAGAGUUUGAUCGCGUGGCGCUUUAUACACGAUAUCCCCUGCUGGGCAUACCCUUCACCGUGAAGGAGUCCUGCGGGCUAAAAGGACUCUCCUAUGCGGUGGGCAGCGUUGUGCGCAAGGGCAUGAAAGCGCCCAAGGAUGGGGAUGUCGUGGAGCUGGUGCGUGCUGCUGGCGGGAUACCGCUGCUGGUAUCCGCCAAUCCCGAGUUCUGCAUGAGCUUCGAGACGAACACGGUGGCCAACGGACGCUGUGUGAACCCCUAUGAUCUGGCACGCACCUCAGCCGGCUCCUCUGGCGGCGAGGGAGCCUUAAAUGGCGUCGGUGCCACCACAUUUGGUGUUGCCUCCGACAUUAGCGGCUCCAUACGGCUGCCGGCAAUGUUUUGCGGCGUCUAUGGCCAUAAGCCCACGGGUGGACUCACCUCUGUCAAGGGUCACUAUCCCUACUCGCUGGUGGACAAGAAUUUUCCCAGUUACCUGCAAAUAGGACCGAUAACGCGAUUCGCGCGCGACUUGCCGCUGCUUCUGGAGAUAAUGGCGGGCGACAAUAAACACAAGCUGAAAAUGCAGGAGCCGGUGCCGCUCAAGGAGAUUAAAAUCUACUACGCCUACGGCUAUUCGGGACUUAACGGAAUAACGCAUCCGUAUGUGGACACGGACAUCAAAUUGACAAUUGUGCGUGCCAUCAAAUGCUUUGCCAAGGCUGGCAUUCGGCCGCAACUGCUGGAUCUCAGUUUUCUGCGCAACUCCUUUGAGGUGGCGAUCACGGCGCUGGUCGACCUGAAGGGUCUGCCGAGCAUUAUAACGCAGCAAUCGGAUCGGCCGCCGCAUAUGAAGAUGCUGCUGAUGGAAAUGCUCAACAGCACCUUUGGCCACUCGCUGUUCACCAAGGAGGCGCUUUUUCUGGAGCUCAUGCAGCGCCUGAAUGGCAUGAUGUCCGCCAAGAAUAUGGAACAGUAUCGCCAGGAGGUCGGGCCGCUGAAGGCGCAUCUAACGGAAUUACUCGGUGAUCGGGGAGUGCUCUUCCUGCCCACAUUCCACACGAGCGCGCUGUGCUUUCACACAUCUUUGGUGAACAUCACGGGCAUUGAUAAUCUGCUGCUAUUCAAUGUGCUCGGCUUUCCGGCAACGCACGUGCCCAUGGGCCUGAAUGUGCGCGGCAUGCCCGUGGGCUUUCAGGUGAUAGCGGCGCCAUAUCAGGACAAACUCUGCCUGCAGAUUGCUGCCGAGCUGGAGGUCGCCUUUCAUGGCUGGGUGCCGCCCGUGUUGCAUCAGCUGGUCAGCCCGAGCUCGCAAUAAUCAAUUUCCUAGACAAUUAAGUAUAACGGUUAGCUUAGGUAACGGGUCACAAAAUAAAUGAACAACUCGUCAUUUAUAUCGUAA